CCACCUGGGCUGGGAAGCGCAUUAUCAUUUGGGCCAUCGUUAUGAUGAGAUGGAGUUCGGGCCAGAAGCAAUGGAGCGAGGUCUGGGCUGCAAUGAAGGCCCAGACAAAAUGCGAAAUUAACACAAAAUCUACUUUACUUUUAAUUUUUGGCCAAAUACACUUGUGUAGCCAAAACUUUGACGGUUUUGCCAAAUAUAGCCACUUUUGGUGAAAUACCAAAAAUAGCCACUUCCGUCCAAUUGAUUUACGGUGUUAGUUAACGUGCUGACUGGACCAAUGGAAAAACUGUCAUGUCAAUCUUUUAGUCAAUAAACAUACGAGGUGGAAUUAACUAAAAAUAAAAACAAAAAAUAAUUAAAUAUUUUUUAUUUCCUCCCUCCACUCUCGGUUCUCGAUCUGGUGCUCGUCAAUGAAGAUGCUCUGUUUUUCGUCUCCUCCAGCACGAAACAGACGGCGAAGCUCAUGUUCCUCCUCUGCUACUCUGGUCUCCGAUCCAGUCGACCGGAUGGGCUACAUCGCUUCUCCUGGGGUCCAAAAAAUGGCAAGGGAGAGAGAUGCACAAUGGCGGGUUCUGGGCAAUUUCGCCACCGCCGUCGAGUUCGUCACUCUGCGGCAUCGCUGUGAAAAAUGGGAAUCAUUUGGCUUCCAAAUUUGUUAUUCCCCAUCUAUCUCCAUUUAGGGGUAAAUCCGAAGCUUUCUGAUCGAAAAAUUGGUGAAUCUAUGUUGAUUGGAAUACGGGGGCAAAAAGGUUGAAGAUGGCGAGCAGUUAUGUGGACGAGGAGAUGGAGAUGAAGGGAAGAAUACAAGGACAAAGGUUGAUUAUUGUAUCUUUAUGAAUUUUCAUUUUUUAUUUUCAUUUAUUUUUAAAUUAAAACAUGACAUGGUAUCCAUGUGGCAAGUGUUGGUGAGCUGUCGAUGAUGUGUCCGAUGAGUUGGCAGCCAGGUAAGAUUUUGGUUAAAUUGACUAACGGUGUCACUGACGCCGUUAAAUUAUGUAACGGAAAUGAGUAUAUUUGUCAUUAAACUUUCAAAAUUCUAGCUAUUAUUGAUAUUUCCCCAAAAAUAUUAUUACACAAAUAUAUUUGGCCUUAAUUUUUUCUUCUGAAACUGAUAAGUGAUAAUUUCACUCGCCCUCCAAUAAUUGAGAGGCACUAUUCGUGUGGCCCUAAUGAAUCUGAUGAUUGUACACUAAAGAAUAUAAUUUACUGAAGAAGGACAAAAAUACUCUUUGGAGUCUGAUCAUGGACAAAAAUCGUACUACCAGAAGUAGAUUUGAAGAUCUAAAACACCGGAAAAAUACUUUUUCGCCUAGUUUAUGCAGAGUUGCAGACACAGGCAGCCGGCGAAGGAUAUUCCAAAUGGAAAUGGCCUGCAGCAAAACGACAAACGAAUUGCAUUGCAGUUGCAGAUCAAUAACAACAAAGGAAACAAUUGACGGACGGACCGACCAAUUACGGGUCGGGCGCGAGCGGGUUAGGUUAGCCGAAUUCGGGUCGGGUGGCUCGUCGUCACAGACUCACAGUAGUAUACAAUAUACAUAGCAUACCAAGUUGGCAGCAUGGUUUUUAUUCAUUAUCUUAGGCGCCAUUGAUGGACGAAUAAACAGAGCAGCAUUCGUCUGAUUCCUCGUUAGCCUGUCUCUUUCCCUUCUCCUACUACCAGGGUUAUAAUUUAAGGUUCUCCGACGCGGACCCAGGAACAGAAAAAGUAUUGAACUUUUUCGAGGGUUGACUUUCCAGGCCAUUAAGCUUCCCCUGCUCUCUGGCCACUCUGUUGUUUUCACUUCUGUCUCGAUGAUGAAGACGGUGGCCGGAACAGUUUUGGCGGGCAUUUUGGGGGUUUUAGCAUACGUUUACAGCUUCUACUUUCGGAAGCCGCGACAGCUGAGACGGAAAAUGGAGCUUCAAGGAGUGAAGGGCCCUUUGCCUUCUACCAAUCCCCUGCUCGGCAACAUCCCCGAAAUCAACCGGAUUCGUCUCCACAAAGCGAAUUCCAAACCGAAAUUUUCUCUCCACAAUCACGGAGCCACCGCCGGCGGCCGACCGGACAUCGAUCACGAUUGGCCGUCCUUCGUCCUCCCCCACAUCCGGCAAUGGCUGAAAGAAUACGGGUCCACCUUCGUCUACUCCACGGGGACGAUACAUUUCCUCUGCACCACUGACACGGAGAUGGUGAAAGAAAUCAGCCAUUUCAAGUCUUUGAGCUUGGGGAGGCCUACUUACCUCUCCAGAGACUUCGGUCCUCUGUUCGGCCAAGGCAUCAUCGCCUCCAGCGGCGCCAUUUGGGCGCAUCAGCGCAAGAUCAUCGCCCCCCAAUUCUACGCAGACAAGGUUAAGAGCAUGGUAACCCUCAUGGUGGAGUCUACCAAUUCCUUGAUAGCAUCUUGGGGAGCUGCAAUUGAUCGCUGCGACGGAGGGGUUGCAGAUGUCAAUACGGACAAGGACAUGAGGAGCUUGUCAGCGGAUGCAAUCUCAAGAGCCUGCUUCGGGAGCAAUUACAAGGAAGGUGAACAUAUCUUCUCGAAAGUCAGAGAGCUUCAGAUCGUCCUGGCCAGAGGCCACGCUGGAAUCCCCAUCUUAAGACACCUCCCAACCAGCAAGAACAGAGAAGUAUGGAAGUUGGAGAAAGAAAUCAACACCAUGAUUUUGGAUGUGGUGAAGCAAAGGGCGGCGGAUUCUUCUCCUGAUUCGGAGAAAGACCUUCUCCAAAUGAUACUCGAAGGUGCUAAAGAUGCUAGCAACAACAGUACUAGUGCAAAUGUUGUUACAUCUCUGGACAAGUUCAUUGUGGAUAACUGCAAGGCCAUCUACUUUGCUGGCCAGGACACCACCGCCAUUAGCGCGUCCUGGGCCCUGAUGUUGCUGGCAGCUCAUCCGGAGUGGCAGUCCAGAGCUCGCGACGAGGCAAUGCAGCUUUGUACUCGAGACAAGGUCCCGGAUGUUCGUGCUCUCCAGAACAUGAAAGUAAUAACGAUGGUGAUCCAGGAGACACUGCGACUCUACCCGCCGGGUGUGUAUGUGACCAGGGAAGCUCUGGAGGACAUCAAGUUCAAGCACAUAACGAUUCCCAAAGGAAUGAAUGUUCAGGUUCCGAUAUCGAUUGUGCAGCAGGAUCCUGAGCUAUGGGGACCGGAUGCGCACCUGUUCAACCCUGAAAGAUUUGCUGGUGGUGUACUUGGGGCUACUAACACUACAGCCGGCGGCGGCGGCCAGGCGGCGUACAUUCCAUUUGGAGUUGGUUCGCGUGUCUGCGUCGGCCAGCACUUUGCAAUGAUGGAGCUGAAGGUCAUUCUGUCGCUUCUUCUGCUGAAUUUCAGCUUCGCGAUUUCGCCGUCGUAUGUCCACUCUCCAGGGUUUGCGUUGGUCGUGCAACCUGCGCAUGGAGUUAGCCUCCUCAUAGAGCGCGUGACUCCAUAGCUGGGUAGCUUGUCUAAGCCAUUUUCAAUGGACUGUAUGUGUUUGUUUUCCACCAAUUCAAGCAGAAAGCUUUCCUUUCUCAACUACUCUGCUUCCCCUGUUACAACUUCAAAACAGAGGAGAAUGUCUAAUUGCACUAGGUAGGCUGGACUGUUUCUGAAACCCAGCCCAACUAAUUGGAAUCCCAUAUCUGGGCUGGGAAAUUAUGAUAAUUUGGGCCGUUAUUACGAUGAGAAGUAGUGCAGGCCAGCCAGAAAUAAUGGAGCGGGAAGGCCGAACGAAAGAGGUGUUGGUGUGGGCUGCAACGAAGGCCCAUACAAAAUGAGAAAUCAACGCAAAAUCUUAAUUUGAUUUACUUUUUUUCUUCUUUUAAAAAUGGAAAUUUCCGCUUAGCUAGAUCCAAGGGGUGUAAUUUAAUGAUGAACAUGCAUGUCCGUUUAACUCUUAUGGAAGAAAAAAAAAAAACAAAACAAAAAGAAAACUCCUUGGAUUCUGGAAAGUAGGGAUGGCAAAAAUAUCCGUAAUUGUGGAUAUCCGUACCUAAUCGGGUAGGGUAAAACUCGAACUCGAAGGACAUUUGGUGGGUACGGGUAAAACCCGAACCCGAAUGUUGCGGGUAAUGGGGUGCAUGGGUUUCUCAGUAUCCAACCCGAACCCGCCCGAUUAUACACAUACAUAUGUAUUUUGUCUAGAAAUAGUCAUUAUUUUUCCCUAACAUAUUUUAUAUUUGGCAUAGAAAUAUAAUAUUUUCAUGAAAUUGUGUUGUUUUAAUUAAUUUUCUUCAUUCUAGUGAAUUAUUGUCAUACUUUUUCUCUUGCGUAAUGUGAGAAUACGUGUGAAUGUUAACAUAUUAGUUGGAGUUAUGAAGAGAAAUCAUUACCCAUGGAUAACCGUGGAUACCCGAAACCCGAACGGGUAUGGGUAUGUUUUUAAUUUUCUACCCGUUUCAUAUGUGGGUAUGGAUAUGGGUAAACCCCAAACUAUUUUAGGUUGGGUAACGGAUAUGCACUAUCCGUCCCCUGCCCGACCCAUUGCCAUCCUACUGGUAAGUGGUAAUGGACAGAAAACGUACGUAGAUUUGAAGAUCGAAAACACCCCGGCAAAAAAGACAAAUUACAUUAAAAAAAACAUUAUUUGAAGGCAAAAAAUCAUUUUAUGAAAUUUGGAGAAAGAAACCCACUUUUGAAGAAAACGUUUGACAUAUAUAUACAUCGAUGCAUGGCUUCUAGAUGGAAUCAGAAUCACUUGUCUCGUAGGCAUCGGUUCCAUGUACGAGAAAAACUGUGCAUUCGUUCGUGUUCGAGAAAAACGUAGUAAAAGGGGAAAAUAAUGCCUUUCUAGUUUCUAUACAAGGACUCUUCCUUGCUUCUUGGCACCGCAGUCCGCAAACAUGCCAAACUCUCAGCUUCCCAGCUGCAUGCUUUUCGGAGAAAUUAAUGAAAUGUACUCUUCUGCCUGAAAAUUUUGACAAUCCCACAGUCAGUCAGUCACUAUCAAUUCGCAUCAGUAGUUUCUUCAAAAUUUCAGGCCCAUCAUCAAUGGUACAUUUCCUAACUUUUUUUUUUUUGUGGUCCAUUUGUUGUAACCCAAGCAACAGAUCAUCUAUUAAUUUGGUCAUUUCUUGAGAUGAUAAUUAACUCCGCUCGUCUCGUCGUCCACGGUCGGAAUAAGGAAAACUAAAAUAU